AGGAAGGCCGUUCAGAUAUGAUUCCCCACGCCUCGCCCCGCUGGCCGCUUCAAGUCAAACUGUAAAAUCCCUCAUUCAUCAUCCUAUCCCAUAGAAGAAGAAGGACAGAGAGAGAGAUGGCCGGAGCGGAGAUGUUCCCUAAGGAGUACGGCUACGUGGUGCUGGCUCUCGUCCUCUACUACUUCCUCAAUUUCUGGAUGGCUAUCCGAGUCAGUCAAGCCCGGAAGAAGUACAAGGUUCCUUACCCCACCCUUUAUGCCUCAGAAUCUGAAAACAAAGAUGCCAAGCUCUUCAACUGCAUCCAGAGAGGACACCAGAACUCACUGGAGAUGAUGCCCAUCUUCUUCAUGUUGAUGAUUCUGGGAGGCAUAAGGCAUCCUCUGGUUUGUGCUUCCCUUGGACUUGUUUAUAUCGUCUCCCGCUACUUCUAUUUCAUUGGCUACUCCACCGGCGAUCCCCAGAACCGGCAUGGUGGCGGGAAAUUUGCUUUCUUGGCACUUUUUGGGCUUGUGAUCUGCACCAUUUCAUGCGGGAUCAACCUUCUUCUUCAAUAAAAGAAUGGCUGCUUCACCCAUUUGUACUUGCGUCGCCAUCCUCAACUUAGGCAGGAAGUCACCUCUCCGUUAUCUUUCUACAAGUAUCUAUCUUUUUUUGCUCUUUUUUUUUUUUUUU